UUGGAAGAAAGAUGAGAUAGAAAAGGAGGGUGGCUUACUGAAGGCAGAAGCCAGAAGACAAGCGUUUGCUGGUUUUUUCGGCUUUCCAAAUUGUUCUCUUCCUUUUUCUCAUUUUUAUUUUUUCAUUUUCCUUUACUUAUCUUUUCUUUUGCUCUCACUUUAUUUCUGCACUUUACUUUGUUCUUAGAUCCUCCUCUUCUUCUUCUUCGUCUUCUUCUUCUUCUUCUUCAUAUCUCUCUCUAUAACAGCAAAGGUUCAGUAAUGGCAGACAUUAGCCACCCUCCUAUGGAGCAACUUCAAGACCUUGAGUACUGCAUAGACUCUAACCCUCCUUGGGCUGAAACCAUCAUAUUAGCAUUUCAAAACUACAUACUGAUGUUGGGUACAAGUGUAAUGAUCCCUUCCUUGCUUGUUCCAGCAAUGGGUGGCAGUGAUGGGGAUAAAGCACGGGUGAUUCAGACCCUGCUUUUUGUAGCUGGCAUUAACACACUUCUGCAAGCACUUUUUGGAACAAGGUUGCCUACGGUUGUGGGAGGUUCAUUUGCUUAUGUCAUUCCCAUAGCUUAUAUUAUAAGUGACACCUCAUUGCAACAGAUUACUGAUCAUCAUGAAAGAUUUAUACAAACAAUGCGGGCUAUCCAGGGAGCUUUGAUUGUAGCCUCAAGCAUACAAAUCAUCCUGGGUUACAGCCAAGUUUGGGGACUCUUUUCACGGUUUUUCAGUCCUCUUGGGAUGGCACCUGUGGUUGGAUUGGUUGGCUUGGGAUUGUUUCAACGAGGAUUUCCUGAAUUGGGCAAUUGCGUAGAAAUUGGGUUACCAAUGCUGUUGCUGGUUAUUGGAUUUUCACAAUAUCUAAAGCAUGUGCGAAUCUUAAGAGAACUGCCAAUAUUUGAACGAUUUCCAGUGUUGAUAUGUGUUGCUAUAGUCUGGAUCUAUUCCAUUAUUUUAACUGCAAGUGGAGCUUACAGGGGCAAGCCAAGUAGAACUCAACUAAGUUGCCGUACAGACAAAGCAAAUCUUAUAUCUACUGCCCCAUGGUUCAAGUUCCCAUAUCCUCUGCAGUGGGGCCCACCUACUUUUUCGGCAGGUCAUUCAUUUGCUAUGAUGUCCGCAGUUAUCGUGUCUAUGGUUGAGUCAACUGGUGCAUACAAGGCAGCAUCUCGAUUGGCUAUUGCUACUCCACCUCCUGCAUAUGUAUUGAGCCGAGGUAUUGGCUGGCAGGGCAUUGCUGUACUGCUUGAUGGUCUUUAUGGAACAGGAACUGGUUCCACUGUUUCUGUGGAAAAUGUAGGACUACUUGGACUAACUCGAGUUGGAAGUCGCAGAGUUGUUCAGAUUUCUGCUGGCUUCAUGAUAUUCUUCUCUAUCUUAGGGAAAUUUGGAGCUGUGUUCGCGUCAAUACCUUUUCCAAUUUUUGCUGCACUAUACUGUGUUCUCUUUGGCCUUGUUGCGUCAGUGGGACUAUCAUUUCUUCAAUUCACAAACAUGAAUUCAAUGAGAAACCUCAUCAUUACUGGGCUUUCUCUCUUCCUUGGGAUUUCAGUUCCCCAGUUUUUCAAUGAAUAUUGGAAUCCCACCCGUCAUGGUCUUGUUCAUACCAAUGCAGGAUGGUUCAAUGCGUUUUUGAAUACCAUAUUCUCAUCUCCGGCGACAGUGGGUUUGAUUGUUGCUGUGUUUCUUGACAACACAUUAGAGGUAGAGAAAUCGAAGAAAGAUCGAGGGAUGCCAUGGUGGGUAAAGUUCAGAACAUUUAGAGGAGAUAACAGAAAUGAGGAGUUCUACACUUUACCAUUCAAUCUCAACAGAUUCUUCCCACCUACUUAGCAGAGACCAGUAGACAAUCACCCAAAAUCCCAAAGCUAAUUUGAUUUACUCUGCAGUUCAAAUUCUAUUAAAGCCAUGGAUGAAUUGUCUGAAAUUGUAUAUCCAUGACCAUUUGACGAAUGUCUCGCCAAUUUUUUUGUGAACAGCAAGGUCCAAAAUUGUAGAGCGUUGCACAAUAAGAAUGAAAUCACCUCUUCUGUAA